CAGGGGUGGAAGAGCGAAAACCUCGAAAAUGCGUAUAAGAAGCGACGGGCUGUCGUGAAGCAGCCAAAAGCACAAGCAAACUCGGAAUAUUUCUGGUUCAAGCAGAUGAAGACCGUGAUGUCUGAGAUUGACAGUUUCGAAGUGGGAUUGAUCCCUCCUUCCGGCGAAGUCAAGUUUCUCGACAUCGGCUGCGCUCCUGGAGGGUUCAGCUCCUACAUUCUCGCCAAGAACAGCCAGGCUCAGGGCACCGGCGUCACGCUCGACACCGCUCAAGGUGGCUACCGUCUUUUACUCGAGGAACGCUAUCAGCGCCGCUAUACCCUCGUCAUCCAAGAUCUCCUCCAGCUUGACUUCACCCACGACAGCGAACCCCCUCCAGUCCCCCUCGCCCCCAUCCCGCCGUCACUGCGCGACCACCAAUACUCCCUCGUGAUCAUCGACGGCCACCACCUCCGCGACUACCGCCCGGCCGAGCCCCUCGUCCACGCGCCAGACGCGCCCGCCCUUUCCUACCUAGUCUUCCGCGACGCCUUCUUCCUCUCCCAGCUGCUCCUCGCGCUCGGCGCGCUCGGGCCCGGCGGCACGCUCGUCGUGAAGCUCGCGCACGUCGACUUCCCGCACACCGCGCAGACCCUCUUCCUCCUCGACGCGCUCGCGGAGCGGCGCCUCGCGCUGUGCAAGCCGCGCGGCUGGCAUGCCGCGCGCGGGACGUUCUACGCGGUCGCGCGCGGGGUGCGCGUCGACCGCGCGCGCCCGGAGUGGCUCGCCAGGCUGCGCGCGCUGUGGUGGGAGGUGCGCUUCGGCGGGGAGGGGGAGGGGAUGGGGCGGGCGAUGCGUGCGGGCGAGCUCGAGUUUGUUGCGUCCCCUGAGACGAUCGUGGGGGAGUGGUUGGAUAGAUUGGUGGAGCUGGCGCUGCCGGUGUGGGCGGGGCAGGUGGACGGGAUGAGGGAGAUGUUCGAGCAGAAGGGAGUGCGGUGA